CUCAGCACGGGCUACAAUGCAGUUCGUAUGCACCACUUUAGGAACUAAGUCCUAGAUAGGCGCCAGGUCAACGGACCGUUCCUGUAGGUACCAUAGAGUAGAGAAGAUAUACUUUUGUUGCACUUCGCGAUUCCUUAUUUCAAAUAAUCCUUGUUAAUGUCAAGAGACUCUGGUCGAAGAGCAAUUGUGAAGGGAGUUUGGGACCGAUGACUCCGGGGUUUUCACCACAUCUACACCCCACUCGAGACGUCAAUAUCAACACCAAACAAGCCACCUUUUCGACCAAUUGUCUCGACAGAAUACGAAACUCUUCUUCUCUUCGAGAUGUAUCUUCAAUAGUAGAAUCUCUGGUCCUAUAGCACGUCGUAUUCAGGCUAUUUUGGGACAGAAUGCGGCUGCAGAUUUGGUCGCCGUUGAGGCGAGCAAGAGUAGUCCGUAGAUGUCGGGUACGGUGGUGGAUGCACUAAGAGAGUUUUCUUUUUAAUUUGAUAGCGGAAAAUCGCAAAUCCCGUAAAUGGGGUUUUUGAUGAGAUGAGAUGAAGGAGAGGGAGAGGGAGAUGAUGAGCAGAUUGAUUUUUACCGUGAGUGGAAUGGUCGGGGCCGAGGGGAGAGGUGAGUUCUGGAUGUUGGUUGUUGAGCUUGUAAGGGCGUGAGGGACGGAGACAUGGAUGUCAAGGCUGAGUGUUGAUGCCCCACCAUUGGGGAUGAGUAUUGGUUUUAUUUUGUUGGUAGGAGAGGAAUUGUGUGAGUCUUCAUACUGGCAAUUUCCUGAAGGGGAAUUAUCUUACUCAUUUUGAAAUACAGUCAUAAUAUUACAGUGGAUGGUUGGUUUUAGCUAGGUAUUCUUCGCCGCCAGAAAGCCCGCUGAUGAAUCACGUGCUGAUAUUCGGAUGCUAGUCGCACCCAGGACUUUUUUGAAAGAAAGUUCGUUUGUACAGCCCAUCCGACGACCACAUCAGGAUCUGUCCGCCGUGGAAACCUAUAAUAACAGCUGCCCGGCUCUCCCAUCAAGCCGAAUCACAUCAAAAACCACCAACCUCGAUAAAUACCGACAAGCGCAGCCUUGGGACCCGCCAAAAUGUCGAAAACGUAAGCCCCUCACCAGGCGCGCCACUUCAAAAUUGGGCAAUGGAAUUCUAACAAAUCUUACAGCGAGAACAAGGACUGGGCCGAUGAUGAGGAUCUCGAUGAUACCGUUGACACGCUCCCCGCGCAAACCACUACAACCAACAAAGAUGGCACCAAGACGAUUGUCUCAUGGCGAUUCAACGAUGAGGGCAAGAAGGUUAAGACGAUCCGCCGGAUACGCUUCACCGUCCACAAAGAAGUCGUGAACCCUCGAGUUGCCGAGCGCAAGAACUGGAGCAAGUUUGGGUUAUCUGCCAAGGAUGGAGCUGGACCUGCUGCGGAUACAACCUCGUAUGUUCCGUUCAUGUAUUCUUUUUAGGAUUGCGGGGUUGAUGGUACUAACUGUGCGCAAAUAGUGUCGGCGAAAACAUCAUAUUCAGACCCAGCACCAACUGGCGAAAGGAUGCUAAGGAGGAGAAGCCUGAACAGGGUAGUAUGAAGGAUCAACUCAAGAACAAGAAGGUCAAGUGUCGUAUCUGUAAUGGGGAGCAUUUCACAGCCAGAUGUCCUUUCAAGGAUACCAUGGCGCCAGUUGGAGAGGACAACCCAGAUGUGGCUGCUGGACCAGCGGACGUUGAUGGACCAGCUGCUGCCGGUGGUCUUGGAACCGGAAAGAGCUCAUAUGUACCUCCACAUAUGCGAAAUGGUGGCGGCGCUGCUGCUGGUGAUAGAAUGGGCGGCGGCAAAUAUGAGAGAGAUGACCUGGCUACGCUUCGUGUUACGAACGUAAGUCUAUCCCCAAGUUUCCUUGCUAUCCAACCUUCUCAAUAUACUAAUAAACCCAGGUUUCCGAAAUGGCAGAAGAACAAGAGUUACGAGAUAUGUUCGAGCGCUUCGGUCGUGUCACACGAGUCUUCCUCGCCAAGGACCGAGAGACGGGAUUGGCCAAGGGGUUUGCAUUCAUCAGUUUCCAAGAGCGCUCCGAUGCUUCGAAGGCUUGCGAUAAGAUGGAUGGUUAUGGAUUUAAACAUCUGAUUUUGCGCGUCGAGUUUGCUAAGAAAGCUGCUUAG